AUGGCGGAGGGACCGGAGUUAAAUUUUUUUGAUUUACGUACGGUACAUGAUCAUUUUGAUCAAGCUCUUUUGGAGAAUGACGAUAUCGAUUUGAAAGAAUAUCUGGACGCCUACAAUGAACUGUACAAAUUUUUUCAGCUGAUGGGCAGUGUCUUCAGUUUUGUUUCUUCUGAUCUAAAGCAAAAAAUAGAUAUCCUGAUUGAUUUGAAAAAUAAGGAUACCCAAAAUUAUAUGACUGUUAAGUCUAUGAUCGAACAUGAGAAAGAAAAUAAGCUCCUAGAAAAAACUGAUUUUGUCAAUGGCGCACGUACUUUAUUGCGACUACAUAGAGGUUUAGAUUUUAUUAGGGAAUUUUUGCAACAAUUGGGUGACCUCUCCGAUGUUGAUAAAACAGCUUGCUGUUGUCAAGACGCAUAUAGCAAAACCUUAGCUAAACAUCAUCCAUGGGUGGUCAGAAAAGCUGCAGUAGUUGCAAUGUACACUAUGCCUACUAGAGAGGCUUUAUUCAAGAAAGUUUGCGGUGAAAAUGUUCAACGGAAUAUAGAUGUUCUGCCCAAAAUGUUGGAAGUGACUGCCGACGUAUUUAACCGUACUGACAGCAUUUAUGAAGCUUAUCAACUACAUACUCUACCAUAAAAGAAUAUGGGAAAUAUUAAACUGAUACUUUAUCUGGUGCUUUUAGUUUCUCAAUACAUGGCACACGAUAUUCCAUUUUUGUGAUAUUACUACAUUAGAAUAUUUCCAAGAUAUUGUAUAGUUAAUAUUAAUUUCGCAUUAAUUUUUAAUAAAUAAGCACGUUUAUUUUUGGGAAUGUAUUUCAUUAUAAUUGAUAUGUCCAACAAUACGUAUAUGUAUUGUUGGACAUAUGAUUAUUAGACAUACUGAUAACGUACAAAUAGUGGCACAAUUGUACAAUAAAUAUGUAUCACUUA